AUGAAUAGUCCACAUUCUACAACAGCUUACUAUCUUUCAACACCACCAAGUUCAUCUUCAAACUCUCCCUCCCAUUCUCCACGUUCUUCUUCUCCAAUUCAAAAGUAUUUCCAAGCAGAUUCUUCACGUAUUCCCGGAAACGUUUCUCCGUUAUUUCGAUCUAUUGACCCAAACACUUAUGAUGACAUUCUAAAAAAAUCAAAAUAUCAAUUGCCAUCAGAAAAUGAACAUGUAGAUAGAAUUCAAUUAAGACAUUUAAUGUUUAGAUACGUUUGGCAAGGAAAUUUUUCGGCUCCUAUGGAAGAAACAUUAAAAAAUGGUGCCAAAGUCCUGGAUGUUGGGUGCGGGAGCGGUUCCUUUGUUUUAGAUGUUGCAUCGCAAUUCCCAAACUCUAAAUUUUAUGGAAUAGAUAUGGCACAAAUGUACCCUUCCCCUGAUGACCCCAAAAUCCCACCAAAUGCUUUAUUCUCCCAAGUUGAUAUAGUGAAAGGAUUACCUUUUGAUGACAAUACAUUUGAUUUUGUACAUUUAAGAUUCUUGGUUCAAUAUUUAACUGAGGAACAAUGGAGUGAGAAUGUCAUAAAAGAAUUGCUUAGGGUGACAAAAGUUGGCGGCUGGAUAGAAAUUAUGGAACUAGAUUUGAUCUUUUAUAGUAAGGGACCGGUUACCGCCAAAUUACAGGAAUCAACGAUAUCAUAUUUCAAUGCACGAAACAUAAACUCGAUAAUAUCGCCGCGACUUUCUCAGUUUCUUUCUUCAUCGAAUUCAUUUUCUAUCAUACAACAUGAGAAACGAUGUACUCCAUUAGGUCAAUGGGGAGGAAAAUUAGGCGAAUUUGCAUUGAUUUACUUUACAAUGGCAUUUAAAAACAUGAAAAAAGUUUUACCAACAUUUAUGGGAAUUAACGAAAACGAUUAUGAUGAAAUUGUUGAAAGAUUCAACGAAGAAUGUGAAGGAUAUAGAACUUAUAUGAAAACAUUUAAAUAUUGGGGACAAAAAUGCUAA